AUGUCAGAGAUAAAUGUUGAAAUAAAAGAUUUACCAAAGAGUGAUACUAUUGGUGUCUUUGGUGUUGGUCCAUAUGCCGUUGCAAUUAAGCAAAGCUGUGGUGAACUUUUCAAGUUUGUUGGUCAAAAUAACAUUAACCACGGUUCAUUUAUUGCUGCUUCCGUAAGUGUUUCAUCCGAACAAUUGGCUGCUAUCAAACUCACCGGUGACGAACCAGUAAAGCAUAUCUCAUGGGAAGAGGGUACCUAUGCAGUCUUCACUCACAAAGGUCCCUACGAAAACCUUUCAAAGACCUACGAUUAUUUCUUCAAGAACUGGUUGCCAACCUCAAGCAGAAUUCCAUCAGAAUCGCCAUCAGUUGAAGUCUAUUUAAAUGACAGUCAGAAAGUAUCCCCAGCUGACUUGAUCACUGAAAUCUACAUUAAAUUACAACCCACCACCAAUUAA